AUGACUACUGAAGAGAUGACGCUCGCAGAGAUGAAAGCGGCCUACGAGAAGGCCCAAGCAGAGCUGGCCCAAGAAAGGGCCUCCAUUGAAAACCUCCAGAAGGAGCUCGAAUCUGUGAAAAGCACCAAGUAUCAAUCACGUUACAAGCCAGGUGCAAAACCGAAGAAGUUGAUAUUCGAGAUGACCGACGACUCCGAGGACCUGACCGACGGCGAGGAGCCACAGGGGGAAGAGGAUGAAGCAACACUGGAUCCCGUCACCAAGCGCCUAAAUAAGAUGGAAAAUCACAUGAAGAAGCGAUGCUCGUUGAUGAUGAAGCUGAUGACCAAACUGCCAGGGGCACCCACGCCCGUGGAAACCGAACCGACCGAUGGAUAUGCAGCGUCGCCGUUCUGUGAAGCGAUUGCUAGGGUGACGGUACCACACCAGCUCCGACUCCCUACCUGGACCACCCUGUACGAUGGAACGUCUGAUCCAUACAGACACGUCAACUUCUACAAGCAGCGAAUGUGGCAGAUCGGGAUCCCCUACGACCUGGUCGAGCCGGUCAUGUGCAAAUCCUUCGGAGGAACCCUCGACGGAGCAGCCCUGGAAUGGCUCAUGAACAUAACACCUGGAUCCAUCUUCUGCCUGUCCGACCUCAUCAACGCCUUCUACCAACAAUUCGCCAGCAGUCGCCAGUUGGAGAAACAAACAAGUGACCUCUAUUGGUUGGUCCAAGGACCUACCGAGUCGGUACGCGAUUAUUUUAACCGUUUUAAUUGUGAGAAAAUUAGUAUAAAAAACUGUGAUGUGAGGACAGCCAUCGAAGCAUUCAAGAGAGGUCUCGUCCCCAACUCGGAGCUGUACCGGGAACUAACCAAAUAUCCCUGUGCAACCUUCGAAGAGCGACCAACAGGGGGCAGCAGCGACAGGAGGUCGUACACCCCAAGGAACAACAGCUGGAGACACCAACCAUACAACCGCCAGAAUCAAGUACAAAAUGUCAAUCAAUAUGAUGAUACUAACAGUGUUUACAGGAAUGAACGGGUCGUUUAUCUCCCCAUCUCUGAGUAUGGCUUCAACGUCGACAUCGGAGGCGUGGUGAACGACCUUCAAAGUGUAGGUGGUACCGUCAGAUGGCCUAAGAAGAGAGACAUACCAGACUCUACGAAGGACAUGAGCAGGUGGUGCGACUUCCACCGCGACAAUGGCCACACAACCGAGGAAUGCAUCUCCCUCAAAAAGGAGGUAGCGUAUCUACUGAAAAGAGGCCACCUGAAGGACCUACUGAGCGACAAAGGAAAGGAGACGUACAACAAGGAUAGCAACUCCCAACCCAACCCAGCACCAAGCGGCGACCGACCGGCCCCGCCCACGUUCGAAAAAGUGGUAAACGUUAUUUCUGGUGGUUCAGAUAUAUGUGGACUAACUUCUUCUGCAGCUAAAAAAAUCAACAGAGGCGAAUCUGAAGCCGUCAAAGAGGGGCAGACAGAAGACGAAGUAGCACUCGACAAGUCAUUAGCAGCGAUGAUAAUAACCUUCGACGACUCAGAUUCAACCGACACACAACAGGAACAUCAUGACGGUCUAGUCAUAUCGCUCCCAAUAGGCAACGCUCUCAUCAAAAGGAUAUUGAUCGACAACGGCAGUUCAGCAAACGUAUUGUUCCUAGAGGCUCUGCAAGAAAUGGGACUAGACGAAAAGAGUAUAAUCAGAAGGUCGACAGUCCUAGUAGGAUUCAGUGGAGAAUCGCUACGAACAGUAGGAGAGAUAUCACUGCCUACAUACGCAGAAGGUACUAAUGUGUUGACCAAGUUCAACGUCGUCGACUGCCCAUCAGCAUACAACGUCAUUUUGGGACGACCAUGGAUCCACAAAAUGAAGGCGGUGCCGUCGACAUACCACCAGUCAAUCAAGUUCCCAACCAAAUGGGGAGUCAUGGAAAUCAAAGGACAACAAAGGGACGCAAAGAAAUGUUAUGAAACGGCGCUGAAACCAUCAAAGUCAUCCAUCUAG